UCCAGGCGAGGCUUUCAGCUUCCCGGUUCCUAAGCAACGGCGCCCAAGGAGCUCUCACUUCCGCAACCGAGGCUCCAGGCGCGGCCUUCAGCUUCCCGGUUCCUAAGCAACGGCGCCCCAACGGCCGCGACUAACGAGAGGCCUCGAGCCGCACGGCUGAAGGACGCGAUGGGCAGUGGCAAGCAAAGCUUUUUGUGAGCAACCCCUGUCUACACAGCUUCCCACCUAAAGAUCAAUACUGCAAGAGUCUUGAGAUGUCUGAAACCCAGAAGAAUUUUGUUUCACAUCUCUCUGAAGAUGUACAAGUGCAGGACAGUUUAUACAUGAUGCCACAACCAGACUUUCACCAUUUAAAUAAGACAUCAUGUACUGUGCUUCCAACAGCAGGAAAUCAUGUACAAGAAAAGUUCAAGCAGACAACUGACAGCCCUAUGCAAUUAUCUGAAGAUACACAAAUAAGCAAGACUUUAAAAAGUAAUAAUGAAGAUGACUCCCGGCUACUAAGUCAAACAACCAAGGCAGAUCCCCAACGGAAAAAUAAGAGAUCAGUUGUUGAAAAGGGAUAUCCAUCUAGUAAAAAGAAAUUGAUAGGUUUGCAACUGCAUGAAGUAGAUGGUAAAAAAGAGGAUGUUUUCAGGUCAGCAAUAGCUCCUGUUGCAGGUACGGUUAAAGGUUUAUGUAUGACAAGAAGGCCUGAACCACCACCUAAACCUAGUUCUUUGAAACCCAUUAGUACAAGGAAGUCUCCUACACCUGAAUCAUCUGCUUUUGUUUCUGAGCAAGCUGGUAAAGUUUCUGCUUCCAGCCCAAGAUUACAUGGUAGUAAUGUUAAAGUUGACUAUGACGUUAGUGAAAGAGGUAAUAUUCCUUCAGACACAGCUGAACAAAGUAAUAAAAAGGAAAAUCUCAAAAAAUUCAUUUCUCCAACAAAACAAACAUCAGAUGACGCAAGUGUCCAUCUUGACAAAGAAGAUGGCACUCAUUCCAUUCAUUCCCAAGGUUUGAGGUCUGUUUCUGAACUGCUGGAAGAAGCUAAAUAUCUCACAAUGUCAGACACACCAAAAAUAUAUGAAAGAAACUUCCAACUGAGCAAGCCCGAGCAGUCCCUGACCGCAGCCCAACAAACAUUUACAGCUAAGGCAAAAUCUGUAGAUGAAAUCAUUGCUUCACUGUGGUCUGCGAGACAAACCACCUCCCAGUCUGCUUCAGAUCUAAAGAUCAAAGGACUGUUGGACAGAGUGCUUGGUUACAGUUAUAGCAGUAAAAGUGAGGAAUCUCCAGAAGUAACAACUGUGCAUAAAGAAGAUAAUGUAAUAAAUUCACAAUCUGAGUGUGUAGUGAAAACCACACAAUCUGAAGAGGAAGUAUUAAUGCAAGAUUUUCAGCAGAUGGCUGAAAAACAGAUUGAAGAAGAGAAUAUGGGAUCUCUUCCAGAAAUCGGUCAUAAGGUCAAACUGGAAGAAGAAGCCACAAAGGAUUUGGAUGACACUUUAUUAAAUGCAGUUAGUUCUCCAGCAUCCAAAGAUGUAACUACAUCUAUUUAUGAAGAGGAGGCAUUUUUAAAACAGAACAUCUUUGAAAUUACGGAGAGUUUGCAGGAUACUCUAACUAAUGAAGAAGCACUAAAGAUUCUUGCAUUACCUACAGAGGUUACAUAUUCUGAUAUAGUUAAUGCUAAAGGGAGUGCAUUUGGAUCAUUGAAGAAGUCUGCUGGAGACCAGCAAAUCCGUGUUGAAGAGAAUGAGAAUCUUCUGAAACAAACUUCAGUGCUGGCCACGUGGACUCCAAAGAAUAAAGAUCAAGGAUAUCAGACAAUCCAUCAUCUUUGUGUUGCUGAACCUAGUCACCUACUGCCCAUUGAUUUGCAACAUGCUUCAAGGCUUUAUUUUACUCCAAGCAGACUAGGACAUGGUAGUAGUAAACUUCCAGAAUUCGUGCAGCAAGUGGAAUCAGAUAUUUGUUCAGAUGAUGACUUUUCUUCCCUGGAGCAACAGAAGAUAGCAAGAUAUGUUUAUGAAGGAAUUCCUGUAUCAGAGGUGAUUCAGGAAGAUUUCCAGGAUAGUAUUAAGUUAUUGCCACCACUUUCAGCAGAAUAUUUGUAUGAAUGGCAAAGGAUUGCAGAAUAUUACGUGGAGAGACCUAGACUGAUACUUCUGGGAAAAUCGAUGAAAAUCCACAAAGAUGCCACAAAGCUGUUUUGGACACCAGCAUUUCCCAAGUUUGCAGUUCCUAUUUCACGUAUACAGGAAAUCCUGUACCCAAAGUUGCAAAUGGAAUCGGAUCAAGAGAAUCCUUGUGACUUUCAUAUGAAUCAGGAUGAUGAUUAUGAUGUUGAAGAAGAACAGGAAUAUUUGGAAGAUAAAGCCGCUCUGCUGAGAACAGUCCUGAAAAAGCAUAAAUCAUUACUAGAUCUACGACCAUUUUCAUUUUAUUCUUCUGACACAUUUAAAAAUGGUGACUUUAAGGCAACAAUUCCUGCUCAUCAACUUGAAACAAGGAACAAUGAAUUUCUACUUACAGAUUUGAACGAGACUGAUGACAAACCUUUGAUGCGCAUUUAUAAGUCUUCACCAAAUCUCUGUGUUUAUGAUGCCGGGAAGACAUUGAAAAUAUCUAGUCCUUUUCAUCAAACCAUUAAGGAGAUUGAAUACCAGAGAGAACACCUACUAGAGUCUUCAUUGACUAGAAUUCAAGAACGUACACUUUCAAAAACAAAUUCAGAAGAUUUGAUUACAAAGGUUAUUCAAUUGCAGGUUUCCAAAUCAAAAAGCAAUAUAUCCUUUGAGAAUAAGCAAGUUCCAACUAUAAAUUUUGAAAAUGUUGUGGAAACAAAUAUUGAAAAAAAAACAACUCAAAAAGAAGUUGAAGCAUAUAUGAGAAAACCUGUACUACCUCGGAAGUUAGCUUUUGUUUCCAAUGCACUUUCAAAGCCUCCAAGCAUUCUCACAAGGUCUGCAUCUUUGCCAUCCCGGAUUUGUUUGAAUGCGAUCAAUGGGAAAACAUCUCAGCCUAUUAAACUCAAGCGGAAGUACAGUCUUCCUUCCUUAAUUACCUUUGAAGCAUUUGUGAAAACACAAGGAGGAAUUGCUGACAGAACUCCUGUUAGAGAGUGGGUCAGAAAUAUAUGGAACAAGUGGUUUGAUGAGGUUUUGCCACCUUUGAAACCACCCAGAAAAACAGUUACUGAUCAAAAUGAUAGACCCCUGCUUUACAAAGGAAAUGAUUCUCAGCCUGUAAUGGCCAACUUGGGAGAGAUACACUUGCAGAACUUGCUGUUACCAACUGAAUCAGAAAAAACAGUGGUGUAUCCUUUGUAUUCUGAGGUCUCUACAUUUCAAAACACUCAGGCUGCCUUGCUUUCUGAAGUUAACAAACUUAUAAACCUCAUAAAUGUAAAAGGUGGAUCAACUGCUUUUAAUUACUGUCGGCGAGGAGCUUUGUAUAGAAAAUUAGGACAGCUGCAGUUAGCCAUGGAAGAUUUAAAUAAAGCCAUCCAGUUAGAACCAAUGCUACUUGAUGCUUAUUGGCACAGACAUUUCAUUUAUCUUCUACAAAUGAAAACAUCUGAUGCAUUAGAUGAUCUAAAUUUUGUACUUAAACACAAUAAAAGUCAUGCAGAUGCUUACACGUCAAAGGGAGAUAUAUAUAGAAAAAAAGGGGACAUUAUAAUGGCAAUCAUAAAUUAUUCUCAAGGACUCAAGUGCAGACCUGAUGAUGAUGUUUAUUUUCGAAGAGCUGAGAUGUAUGAAGCCAGUAAUGAUCUACUUCUGGCUAUGGAAGAUUAUCGCUUGGCUUUUACCUUAAACCCCAAAAGAACAGAUGCUAUGAUGAGACAUGGCCAAUAUUAUUUUAAGAAUUCUAGCUGGCCUACAGCCAUUAAAGAUUUUACAGAAUUAAUUGAAGCAGAGCCUAACAAUUCUCAAGCAAGGAAUUAUCGUGGACAAGCAUAUGCUAAGCUAGGAUUGUUCAGAGAAGCAGUUUUGGACAUGUCUGUUGCUAUUCAUUUGAAACCUGACAACUGGGUGGCUUUCUAUCACAGAGCCUGCCUAUUACGAAAGGUUCAUCCACAUAAAGCUCUACAGGACUUCAGUGUUUCAGUGCUUAUCAAUAAUGACAUUGAGAAUUUGAAUUCAUUUUUACAUCGUGGAAUUUUGUACACUGAGCUUAGUCAGUGGAAAGCAGCAAUAUGGGACUUUAACUAUGUACUCAAGCUUGACAGAGCCGUUUGUUUAGCUCAUAUAAAUCUUGGGCUUAUUUUCCUCUUACAAACGAAUCACUAUUAUGAAGCAAUCUGCAGAUUUACAGAUGCCUUAAAAGUUGAGCCAACUUCCACAAAAGCAUAUGUGUGUCGUGCAGAGGCACACCAUAAGGUACAUAAUCUGAGAAAUGCUUUGAAAGAUAUAACGUGCGCCAUCCACCUUCAACCUCAAACACAGAAACUGUACCUCUUAAGAGGACAAUAUCUACUUGAAAUGAAAAAAUUUGAACUUGCAAACUUUAGUAUCCUAUAUACUGCUGAAAUCAAUCAAGAUAACACAGCUCUUGACACUUCACCAGUUCAACAAGCUACAGUACAAACCUUUUUAAAAAAUUAUGAUAAAGCUGUAGAUAGUCUGGAAGGACUUGAAAAAUCUCCUUCAAUUUUGACCUUACUUGGAAAAACUAAAAUGAAAGCUGGAAAACAUCAGGAAGCCCUGAUCAACUUUCAGAAAGCUUUGGAUAUUGAACUUGAAAGAUGUGAAAUACAAGUUAUGAACCCAUCAAUGGAACUUGCAGAAUUACAUUAUCUCAUAGGUUGCUGCUGUUCUGAACUGGAUAAGCUGACAAAGGCAGUGGAUUCAUUUGAUAAGGCACUGAAAAUAUACCCAAAAUUUGCUAAAGCAUAUUAUCAACGUGGCCUGUGCAGAAUGAAGCUUCAUGAAAUUAAUUGUAUCUAUGACUUCCACAGAGCACUUGCAAUCAACCCUGGACUUUUUGAGGUCUACCUAAGUCGAGCUGUGUACUAUGCAAUGCAGCGACGCUACCUUAAGGGUAUUCUAAGCUGCAAUGAAGCACUGAAGCUUCAGCCCCAGAGCGUAAGAGCCUUUCUUUGUAGAGGAGCACUGAAAUAUUGUGCUAAGGUUUAUCACUUGGCAAUUAAUGACCUGACUACAGCAAUAAACAUUAAUGAGACCUGCAUCUUGGGUUACUUUAACAGAGCUGUUUGUUAUCAACAAACAAAUGAUUUUCAAAAGGCACUAAAGGACUAUGGAAUAGUGCGGCUUCUUGGGAGCAGAAAGAAAUUGAAUUUGAAAGUACUAAUUAAUCGUGGUCUCCUAUAUUUGAGAAUGGAAGAUUACUACAAUGCAUCACAGGAUUUUAAAGCAGCAAUUGUAGAAGAUCCUAAAAAUCCUCUCAUUCAUCAUGCAGUGGCAAUCUGCUAUCAUAAAAUCCAUUAUUUUGAAGAAGCUGUAAACUAUUUCAAUCAAGCUGUGAAUUUGGAUCCAUUUUUUGUGGAUGCAUAUUAUGGACGUGGAAAUGUAUAUAUGGAUUCUGGUCAUCCAGCUGGAAUAAAGCAAGCACAGAAAGAUUUUGUUCGAGCACUUCACUUAAAUCCUAAAUGUGUGAAAGCCAGACUCAAUCUGGGAUACAAUUUACAGGUACUGGGUAAAUUUCAGAAAGCUUGGAUUCACUUUGCAAUCGCAAUUGAUGUUGAUCCAAAGUUUCAGGAUGCUUACGAAGGUCGAGCAGUAAUCAAUCUCCAAAUGAAUAAUACAUUUGGAGCAUUACAGGACAUCAAUGCUGCAUUGAAGAUCUACAACUCUGCGAAGUUGCUUACAAAUCGUGGUGUGAUUAGCCAGUUUAUGGGAGAUCUAUCCAAUGCUAUGAGUGACUAUAAGAGAGCAAUAGCUCUCAAUCCAAGCUAUUCACUGGCUUAUUUUAAUGCAGCCAAUCUUUAUCUCUACAACAGUCAAUUUCAACAGGCCCAUAACCACUACACUAGGGCAAUUGAUCUGCAACCUGGAGACGAAUCUGCUUUGCUGAAUCGAGCAAUUUGCCGUGUUAUGCUUAGGCAUGUCAAAGAGGCACUGGAGGACUUUGAACAAGCUAUUAACCUUAGUCCUUACUCAGCUCACAUAUACUUUAACAGAGCAAACCUAUAUGCCACGCUAAAGCAGUACCAGGAAGCUGAAAAAGAUUAUUCACAAGCACUACAACUAAAACCAGGUGAUGCUCUAUUUUACAAACUCCGUGCAGAUGUCCGAGGCCAUUUGGGUUUGAUUGAACAUGCUAUUACUGAUUACAAAAUAGCUAUAGGCAUCCAAGAAGAUAAGUAAACAGGGUGUCUUUUUUAUGAUUAGUACAAAGAUACUUUAUACUAAGUACUUACAAAAACAAUGAAUAAAAAUGAAUAAACUUUUUAACAGAUUUCUUUUGAAGUGUACAAAUGCUUUAGUUCUGAUGACAGAUUAUAAAUAAAAUUAACAUUAUAUAAGGCAACAUCUGCUCUUAAGUAUUUCACAGCAAUGUUUGAAAUUACGUUAAUUGUUAGAAAGAUUACAUACUGUAUGUCCUAUUGUUAAAAAACAAAUGUAAAAUAAUUUCUCUCAUGUGGUUUCAUUUUCUCACACGGAUAGAUACUCCUUGUGUUGCUAAAUUGCUUAUUUUCUUCCUUGAUAUGAACAUAAAUUAUGACCAAUAAAAAAAUUAAGAAUGAGUUUUGUGAUGAUGUAAGAUGUAAGAAGUUCUUUAAAUUAAAAAAUAAAACUUCAUUAUGAAAAUAAAGCUUCAAUAUUGAAGUUGUCAAUAUUUGUUGAAUAUUCAUUUUGGUGUGUUCCUAUAUAAAAUUUUGAUAAUAUUUUGUUAUCAAAACUCCAGAUCUUCAAAGGACACAGUGAACAAUAUUGGCCGU